GGCGGAAUGUAGUCUGCCAGUGAUUAUUUAACGUAUUGCAGUAUAAAAUCAACGUUAUUCGACGUCAGAUCGUGACGUGUCAUCGUAUCGAGAAUUCGGUAUAGUCGGUCUUCUUUUUUUUUCCUCUCUUCCCACUCCUCUCUUGUCAUUGAAGACGAUCCAUGGAUCUCUGUCGCGCGAUCGAUAGCGUCCGUUUCGCGCUGACAAUCCGCGACCUGAUGCACAUUCCGCCACCUGCAACGAUUGUAAUUCUGCUGUGACGCUGAUAUCAUUCAUCCGUCGACCAUGAGAGCGAUCAUGGCAAUAAGUAGCACCUGAUUUGAUGUCAGCAUAGUGCACAGGACAAGAAUUUUGUCAUUCCCCGUCGAACUGCGAGAAAGCGCCGAAAAGUCGGGAAUGGAUGGUCUCGUCGAGAUUUUUCUUUUUUGCGGGGUGCUCUGUUACUUCUUCAAUUUCAGACCCAAUAAUAUGGUGGAUGUUCUUUCUACACGCCUUCAAGAGGUGUAUGCCAAAUGGGAAACUAGAACAGAUAUAACACGAAAUGCAAAACCAACGACCACUCGAUUCUCAUUAGAUGGUCUCCGGAGAGCUGGAGAACAGUUCCAGAGAAGGAAGAUCCACGAAAAGGAACAGUCGCGAAAGAUACGUCAGAGUUCAUUGUUCAAAAUCAAAGAGACUGAACCUAUGACGCCUACGAUGAAGCAAAAAACCUCAUUUUUACGCUACUGCUGUUAUACUUGUACUCCUACUUCCAGAGAUUCAUUAGUAAGCGCCGUGACUAAACAGCAGCGGCAGCAAUUCGGUUUGAAUAUAUUAGUGGUGAAAUCAGGUUCUACAUUUUUCUCAAAAGUAUUCAAUUAUGUAUCACAAGUCUCUAACUUCAAGAGAUUCGAUUAUCCAAUGGUCACACAAACAGUACUGAAUAAUGAAAAAUUGAAAGAAGUUAUCAAUUUAUCUGCUUGUGAGAUAGCUAACAAUGAGAAUUGUAACGAGAAGAAAGCACUUGCAAAGGCAAAAAUCAAAGCCAAAAACAUAUUACUGCAGAUGGAAAGCAGAUGUAGUGACAUCCUUCUUAAGAUAGUCGCAUGGCUGCUGUAUAAAUUACUUCCUAGUUUCAUACAAUCGGCCAUCGUCUUACCUUCUCAAGUAGAAUUACUGAAGAAGACAAAUGACACUGGCCUACCGCUUGUGUUUUUGCCCUUACAUCGCAGUCAUUUGGAUUAUAUAAUGAUCAGUUUCAUUAUGGUCGUAAAUAAUAUGAGGAAUCCGUUAAUUGCGGCUGGGGACAAUUUGAGAAUCCCGUUUUUCGGGUGGCUUUUAAGAGGUCUGGGUGCCUUUUUCAUCAAACGUCGUAUGGAUGCAGUGAUAGGACGUAAAGAUAUUCUUUAUCGCACAAUUCUUCAAACAUACAUCAUGGAGAGUUUACGGGCUGGACACAACAUGGAACUUUUCGUGGAAGGUGGCCGCACUCGAACUGGCAAGCCUUGUAUGCCGAAAGGUGGUAUUUUGAGCGUCAUUAUUGAUGCGUACAUGGAGGGUACCAUUGAAGAUGCAUUGUUGAUACCUGUAGCAAUGAAUUAUGAACGAUUAGUAGAUGGAAAUUUUGUUCGAGAACAAUUAGGGCAACCGAAAAAAAUGGAAACUUUUGCAUCGACGAUCAAGGCCAUGUGGUCGACUUUAAGAGGUCAUUAUGGUAUCGUCAAGAUUGAUUUCUGCCAACCGUUUUCUCUUAGGGAAAUGGUGAAGACUUUCCAAGCUCAACAGAACAAAGCGAUUAUAAAACCUUUAUCGGAAGGAUCUUUAAAAUCCUCCAUAUCGAGUACGUCUAUUUACGGUACAGACAUCGUUGUCGAGGAGCACCGUCAGUUAGUAGACAGAAUUGCCAGACACAUUGUAUACGAUUCAUCUAAAUCCACGCCCAUCAUGUCAACUAAUGUUGUUGCAUUUUUACUAUUAAGUAGAUUUAGAGACGGUUGUACGUUAGACAAAUUAAUUAAGGCGUUUGAUUUGAUACGACAAGAGUUGGAACGAAGCAACAAGGAUGUGGCGUUUUGUGGAGAGAGCAUUGAUAUUAUUAAACAUGCGCUAGAUAUCUUAGGUCCUGAUUUAGUAACACGACAGCGACAGGAGAUUACAGAUGUGGACGGUCAGUCCGUCGAAUCCAUCAUUGCAAUCCGUCCCAUGUUGACCCUACCAAACGUAAUCGAGCUCUCCUACUAUAGCAACACCAUGUUGGUACACUACGUUAUGGACAGCAUAAUAAUAACUGCUUUGUAUGCUGAAUUGCAAUCUGAGAUUAAUGAUCCAGUCGCAAUUGCCGAAAACAAUAUUACAAUAUAUCAACAUAGUUUGAUCGAACGAGCACUCAAAUUAUGCGACAUUCUGAGGUAUGAGUUUAUUUUCUGCAGACCUUGCCAGGAAUUGAGAGACGUAGUUGUCGAAACGAUACAAAAUUUAUCAUAUACGGGCAUUAUCACUCAGAAAGAGGAAACUUAUCUUGAAGAGGAACUGUGGAGCAAAAGAUAUGCAAAAAGUUUCGACGAUAGUUCAGACGAAGAAUACUAUAGGGAACAGAAAGUUCAAAAAGUUCAAUAUAAACUGAGCUUAAUGCCGGAACACUCCACGCGCAUGGAGUUUCUGCAUACAAUAUUACGGCCAUUAAUCGACACAUACAUAUGCAGUGCCUUUAACUUAAGAAAGUUGGUUGGUCAUUCACUUUGUGAACGAGAUUUCAUUCAGGAAGUGUUGAGUGAAAUCAAAACAAAUUUAGAUACUGGUUCAUUUAGCUAUGGGGAAAGUUUAUGUGUUGAUCCGAUAAAAAAUUCCCUUAAGCUUUUUGAAAAAUGGGACGUCUUGGAGUGUUACAUGCAGGAGAGCCUUAAAAUGUUCUACUUGAAAGAGGAAUAUGAUAAGGACCAAGCAGCAGAAAAUAUAUAUGAAACUGUAGCGGUUUUCAAGUGGACCAGAAACGUGGAUUAAAAACAUGGACUCUUUCUGUGCGACUUUUUCUAAACGAAAAGUCUUUCUGACUGAUCACUAUUGUUUUUGGUUUCAUGGAUUUUCAUUGACACAUAUUUGGCAAAAAGAUUAGCAAAUGAUAUGUAUAUUUUUGUUUUCUUUUUUCCUUUCCCAGUGGCUUAGGGUAGGAUUGGAUAUAUUACACAUAAUUAAUAGCAAUUAUGUAUGUAUAGUACUAUGUAAAUCAUUGUAGAGUAUAUGUAUAUAUAGUACCAUAUGUAAUAUAUGUAUACUCUAUGACAAAUACCACCUGCAUUAUGAACUCUUAUGUUUAUAAGAUUUAUAUGAAUAUAAGAUAAAGGAGAAUAUAUUCUUCUA